CCGCCCCUUCAGCCCUUCCUCAUAUCCGCGCGCUGUCCCGCAGCGGGUGGCCGCCUGGCAGCGCGCGCGGAGGGGAGGCGUGAGGCAGCGGCGCGGGUGAUCCUAUGAAUUCCAAAAUGAAAGAUAAACAAGCAGCAGAAAAAUCAGGAUCUUUGCAGAAGUACCUCAUAGACACAUGCGGUGCUGCCCCAAGAAGGACUCUUAAAAUGAUUCAGCCUUCAGCAGCAGGUUGCCUGGUUGGCAGACGAAAUGAGAAGAAAUCUUCAGUCAAAAGGAAACUCUGGAAUAACAAGUUCACCACAAAGGCUUGUAAAUCUGAGGUGUCUGUAGACAAGGAGCAAGAAAAUGAGAAUAUGAAUGAUGUAAUUCAAGCCGUAGACCUUAUGAUAAAAGGAAACCCUUCACCUCAAUAUUGGAAAGAAGUAGCUGAAGAAAGGAGGAAGGCUCUGUAUGAAGUGCUUCAAGAAAACGAAAAGCUGCACAAAGAAAUUGAAGAGAAAGAUGGUGAAAUUGCCCGCCUUAAAGAAGAAAAUGAAGAGCUAAUGGCCAUUGCUGAACAUGUGCAUUAUAUGACCAGCAUGAUUGAGAGGUUAACUGGGCAAGCACCUGACAAUCUUGAGACUCCAAAGAGUCUGCCUCUAGAGGAAUCUGAACAAGAAAAUGAAGAGCUUAACUCUGGAGGUGAUGCAGACAGCCCUUCUGAAGAAAGACCAUUGCAAGUAUCAUGUGGCUUCAGGCAGAGUACAGCAGAUCUUGCUUCAAAGGAAGAAAAUCAUUUACAACUGGAAUGACAACCUAAAAUAGCCUUAUGUUUGUGGCUUUUAAUUGCAGGCUUCCUCUUGAAAGGGUAUACUAAAACUUCUCAGGUGUAGAAACUCUUAUGUAAGUAUAAUAGAUGUUGGGUUUUAACUAGAAUUAUGUAGCAGUGGGGGUAUCUGGAUACUGCAUAGAAAAUUUACUACAGGCUGUACAUAGUUGCUUGUAUAAAAUGCAAAUACUGUGUAUUUCGAACUUGUGUAAAUAUCCUAUCAGGUGGUCUCACAUGAUACAUGGAAAUUAAUAAAUCUUUUACGUUACCAAAAUGGUGUCUUACUUGAGGGAGGCCCUCCCAGGGGAGGAUUCCCCGUUCUGUGGGGAAUGAUUAGUUCUAGGUUUGUAAGUCAAUGUGACUCUUGUAAAUGGAAGCUUUCAAGUUUUUUGGGGGUGUACCUGGGGCACUCUUUAACACCUUUAGAUUUGCAGAAUUUGGGAGAACAGUGUAUUGGUGGAUAGGGAAACCAAAGUAAAAGUGCUGUUGCAGAGGCUUCAGAAAGUCAAGAAUGGGUAAUAAGUCUCAAGAUGUAAAGUUUAGUUAGAUAAGUGCUUUUCAGAGGUUUUAAUAUUGCAUCUGUCUUUUAAAACAGGGAGCCUUUUCUAAGAUGUAUAGAUAAGGGCUUAAGUAAGUAGGAGCUAUUAGACAGCUUUUAGAAACAGAUUUAUGGGCUUAUAAAGAAAAGUUGGGGUGUUCUGUCUUCUAAUAACAACUGUACUGAAAAUUAGAUGGGGACAAAGCAGCCUACACUUCUGAGUAUCCUGAAAUAAAAAACAUGUUUCAAGGUAUUGCUCUGGUAUUUACUGACAGAUGAGGUACAUUUUUUACCAAGAUAAUGUUCUGAAGGGUUUAUAGCAAUAAAAAAAGCACUCUUAAAACUUAAUGCUGUUCAAAACUUCAAGCAUUUUUCCCAUUUGUUUUCAGUUACUGAGGUGAGAAAGAGUAUAGUUUUUCCAGUCCUGAGUGAACUCAGUUCUGUACGUAACUCCCAAGGAUAGUCUUUAAACAAUGGUGGCCAUGGCAAUAUCUUGUGAAGAUCUUAAAACUGAGUAUCUCUCUCUGGAGGCAGAGAGAAUCAGGGAUUCUGGUUAAUGGAGCUAUCAAGCCUUGCUAAAAAGGAUGCUUCAGGGUAUGUGUGAAUGGACCUGUGGAGCUAUAGGCUUAGCAACUUUAGAUUCCUUCCCUAUCUGAUUCUCCCUGUUGGUGUUAGUAAGUUAAUAGACAUUUCACAGCUCAUUUCAGUUGUGACUUUCAAGGAAUGUCUGAACCAUUGUAGGAACUAAUAUUCCUUCUGGCUUCCAUUUAACUUGGAAUCUGGUAACCAUAAAGUAAGGCAUGGUAUUUUUCCUGGCAAAUGUGUAAACAGAAGAUUACACCCUUUCCUUCAUGGUGGAGAAAUAGUGACAAAGGUGUGGUCUAACUUGCACUGAUGCUCUAUUUAAGAAUAAAAAAAAACUACUGGCAUGACUGCUUUGUGGAGUAACGUUGGUAUUCUGCUGAAAAGAAAAUGACACUGCAAGUUACUUAAACCUUCCUUAUCUUGGAUUUUAAGCAUUUUUAGUGUCAAAGUAGUUCUUCAACAAUAGUAAAUGUGGAAACAAAUUUUAAUUUGCCAAAAUAGUCUCCAUACAGUGCUCUUUAGUUUGUUAUUCAUAGUUAGUCAUUCUUCAGAAGUAGCUUUGGUUUUAAACAUCAGGAAUAUUUUGCAUUUGUAGUGUAUAGAAGGGAAGAUAGCAUUGUUGCAUGAUCAGCUGUCCAGGCAGACCAGACCAAUCCAACUGAGACAGCAAGUGCAACUUUUACACCAUUAACCUGCCUACUCUGUGAAUUGUAAUACAGGUGCUGUUGUAAGAACAAAGAACUGCCAGAAAGCAACAAAUCUGGAAUUUGUGUGCAUUAUCUGCACCUGGCUCUUCUUAUUUUCAUCAAGAUGGUAAAGAAGAAUGCUCAUUUAGAUGAGAGUUGUGCUUUUUCUUUAAAUAGAAAAAAACAUCCCUUAAUUAGCUAGAUCCUGUUGAAAUGCAUAGUGUGCAAAAUAAAUCUUGGAAGUACUUUAUUUAGGCUCAUGCAUCUAUGGGAGCUUCUGGCCCACUUGUAAUAGAAGAACUUUUUACAUCCAAAAGAUAUGGACCAUUUAGGAAUAGAUACACUUGCAUCUGAAGUCAUCAAGGUUAUAGUGACUUUAUUAAUUUUAGUUCAAGAGCAGAGAGAAUAAAAGGAUACAAACUCUUCAGCAUGCUGCAGAAGAGCAGGUAUGAGUGCUGACCUCUGUGGCACAUAAGGAGAGCAUUUGUAUGGGGCGUCUCAUCAGACAAUUGGAUCUUGGUCAAAUAAUCUCUCUAUGCCUAUUGUGUGAGGAAUGUAUGAAAGUGUCAUAAGCUUUGUGCUGAUGCAUUAAUCACUCUUUAAAAAAAGUUCUAAAAGGAUCAAGUUUCAUUUAUUGUGCUGAAAGUUCCUGAAUAUUUUGUUGAAACAUGAAGUUGUGUAUGUAUAGUAUGAGAACUUUGCCUGCAUGUAUGAAAGGCUUGUAAAAUGUGUAGAAAUUAUACAAUGAUUUGUGUUAUCAGUUCUCUUGCAACCAUCUGACCUUUUAUUUUUGUUUAAGAAUAUAGGAGAACUCCUACCACUGAAACACCUAUGUAGCGGUGAAAAUCAAUGUAAUUAUGGGCAAAUUUUCAUAUUCAGCUGUAUUACAGAGAAGAUCCUGUCUAGCAGAAUAAAGUUAUCAGUUCUGGAACCUAA